UAUUUUGCAAUGUGUAGGUAAUACUUUGAACCAACGAAUACCUAGCCACAAGUUACAAGAACUAGCUGCUGAAGUGUAUUUGUAAUAAAUACUAUGUGGAAAUUAGCAAUUUACCUAUUUCCGUAUGUUGUACUUCAAUACCAUAUAAGGCCAAGUCAUGGAGUAAUUUAUACUUAUGAGGACGUGGAACUGAGAAGAAUAUUUGCCAGUGAAUUUCCUCAAGAUACUAUUAGGAAAAGUGGAGCUUUAGACCCAGAACACUUGGGCCGUUACGAAGAAUUGAAGAAUUAUUAUAAAAACCCUAAGGCUAAAAUCAAUAGUCACUUCGAAGAAUUAACGUGUUAUAAUAAGGAAGAAGGAAAAAUGUGUAGAGUGGACAUGGACCGAUAUUCCCCCGAAGAAGACCAAUACUACAUGUCACCGAACAAAGAGAGUCAUAUCGACCGCCGCCGACUCCUGGUCCUUUUCUUGGUUAGUGCAGUAUCUGCUGCACCACAAAAUCCUCAAGAUGUGCAGAUCUUACGAUACGAGUCUAAUAAUGCUGGUCUGGAUUCGUACAAUUUCGUGUGGGAGACGUCCGACGGCAGUAAACAUGAAGAACAAGGUCAACUGAAGAAUCAAGGAACGGAAAACGAGGGCUUCGAAGUUCGGGGGGAAUACGGGUGGAUUGGCCCCGACGGUGUCACUUACCUUAUCACCUACGUGGCUGAUGAGAACGGAUUCAAACCCCAGAUCCAACAAGGACCAGGGGGUGCAGUCCCAUCAGCUGUUAUAGCGUCUUUACUAGGAUAA